GAGAAAUCCUACUACACUACACGCGAAGAUAUCUAUUUUCCCUUCCUGACCAGCGAAGUCAAGUGUGGCAAACAAGGACUCGAUUUGGCCGAUCGACCAAACACGCACAGCAUGACUAUUGCGCUCCGAGGCAUCGUAGACCUUUAUGGAAAGAGAAUCGUUCAUUAGAAGUGCACAGGAGAGCUCUAGGUUUUUCGAUCUCCCAC